UUGUUGUUAGGCAAAACAAAAUGCUGAAAGAAAAAAAGAGCUAAAUAUAGCAAAAAAAAUAAAAUAACAGUCGUCUUUUAUUUUGAAAUGACCAAAACAGGGUGUUGACGUAGUGCACUCUACAGCUGACUGUCUCCGGUUGCUAUGUUUAUGUCGGUUAAAGUGAAGGUCCAAACCUGGACCAUUAACCACUAAGGCAUUUUUCGGGGAGCAGUUGUCAACCAAAUGCACAGCCAUGGAAGACGACAUACAAGAGGAAGUGCUCUCAGAGUUCAGAGAGAAGCGUCUCGGUGGCUGGCAGAUCUUGCAGCUGACGGCAGCAACAGGUCUGACGGUUUAUGCGGUCUGGGCAGGAAUUUUAAUGCCAGGGUUUCGUCGAGUGCCGCUCAAAUUACAGGUGCCCUACAUACCAGCAAGCAAAGCUCAAGUGUCUAAUGUUAUGACUCUGAUGAAGGGAAGAUCGGGAGGCAUCGCUGAUCUGGGAUCAGGUGAUGGUAGGAUUGUGUUAGAAGCUUGCCGUCGGGGUUUCUCUCCAGCCGUUGGUUAUGAGCUCAAUCCCUGGCUUGUUCGUCUUGCACACUUUCAUGCGUGGAGAGCCGGACACCACAGCAGUGUUUCAUAUCGACGAGAGGACCUCUGGAAGGUUGAUCUCUCAACAUAUAAAAAUAUCACCGUAUUUUUAGCCCCUAGUGUGUUAAGUCUUUUACAAAAGAAGUUGCUGGCUGAGCUUCCGGAAGAUGCUCUGAUUGUGGCGGGACGUUUUCCCUUUCCUGAUUGGACGGCUAGUAAAGUAGAGGGUGAAGGUGUGGACAGAGCGUGGGCCUAUCAGAUACAAGAACUAAGAAAAUGCUACGAGUCAAAAGAUAAACAUGUCUGAUAAUUGUGUUUUAACCCUCCGAUUUCAUAUUUUAUUAGUUCUUAUCAUAUUUUACAGAAUUAUUACUAUUUUUAAAUAUAAUAUAUAUAUAUAUAUUAAUAAUGAUCUCAAUUUUAAGUUACACAACACACAACUCUCUCUGUGUGUGUGUGUGUGUGUGUGUGUGUGUGUAUGUGGGAGUUUCUUAAAGGGUUCGAGGCAUAUACUGUAGCCGUAGAACACUUCCUGUUUUUAAACGUGACCCAGAUUAUGUUAUGUGUACCGUCUUUCAAGUAUUUCUCUUUUAUAGAAAAAGGGAAAUAAAGCACAUACAUUGUGAGUCA